GCGCGACACAGGUUGCGAUGGCGUACUAGGCGACCGGCGACCGCAUAACCGGCAUAAUCGGAUCUACGCUGUAUUGCUAUUCCUAACCUCAAUUCAAAAGCACGAGAAAAAGCCUCCGGUGGAGUUUCUUACGUUUCGCUACGAUUUUGUCGAUUAUCGAGAAACGCGCGUUCCGGCGUAAUCCCUGACUUUCUCUUGCGCUGCCGAGAAACACGCUGCUGCCUGUUCAACGCCACUUUCAGAACCAUGUCGAGCAAGUCGGCCGUGAGGAUCGGCACGCACGACGGUACUUUCCAUUGCGAUGAGGCUCUCGCUUGCGCGCUUCUAAAACUGCUGCCGCAGUACAAGGAUGCUUCGAUAGUGAGAUCUCGAAGCCAAAGUGUCUUGGAUACCUGUGAUAUCGUGGUGGACGUCGGCGGGGAGUACGAUCCCUCUAGGCAUCGAUACGAUCAUCACAUGAGAGAAUUUCAGGAAUCGGUGAGCACCGUUAUGAAAAGACCAGGGUAUGACUGGACAAUAAAACUGAGCAGUGCAGGAUUGAUCUACUGCCAUUUCGGUCAUGAGAUACUGAGGAACAUCCUUUCGGAUGUAACGGAGGACAGAGUUAUUGAUGAGAUUUUUAAAAAAGUUUACGAUACUCUAAUCAAGGAGAUUGAUGGUAUAGAUAAUGGCAUACCAAUGUAUGAUGAGGAACCAUUGUAUCGAAUAGUUACCGAUUUAAGCGCACGUGUAAGCAGACUGAAUCCGCAAUGGAAUAGUUUGGAUGUGAACAUUGAGAAACAAUUUGAGAAAGCUAUGGCUUUGACUCUGGAGGAAUUUUUAGAAUUUGUACAAUAUACGAGGAAUGUUUGGUUACCAGCAAGAGAUAUUGUGCGGCAUGCUGUGGAGAGUCGAUUCGAAGUUGAUUCGAGUGGGGAGAUAAUAAUGUUGUCGCAAACGGUACCGUGGAAGGAGCAUCUAUUUCAACUGGAGAAAGAGAUGAAUGUGUCGCCAUCGAUAAAGUAUACUAUUUUCGAAUCUGACAACGCUUACCGGGUUCAAUGUAUGCCGGUAGCACAGGGAAGUUUUGUGUGCAGAAUGUUCUUGCCGGAAGCCUGGGGCGGUUUGCGCACUGACGCCCUCGUGGAGGCCUGUGGAAUCGAAGGCGCUAUAUUUGUACAUUCCGUUCGGUUCAUUGGCGGUCACAAAACCAAGGACGGCGCGGUGACGAUGGCACGGAAAGCACUUGAAAUCGGAAGAGCCAUGCAAUGUAAACAAUGACGAUGAUCAAGAUUAGAAUGACGUUAAUUUUUUUAGAAUUUUUAUCAAAUAUUUUUUUACAAAAAUAUUUGAAGUGAGAAACUUAAUAAAAUCCUCCCUCUCAUAUAAAACUUAAUGUCAUUUCAGUUAUUUUAAAAAAAUUCUGUGGUUUAAAAAUUAUUUAAAUAUUUACGAGAAUGUUUACAAAUUAAUCAUGAGUUUAAUUAUGAGUGUAGUCUCAAAAUUUAAUCAAGUUCUUAUAUUAUACGAAAAUACUGAAAUUUUCUUAAACGCAAAUCUUUUAUGUAUAUUUUGUUUUAAAGGGUAAGAUUCCGAUCAUUGAACAUUCAUUAUAUUACAACAAAAGAAAACCAUAUCAUCUUUUGAAUUAUUGUACAAUAAAUAUAUC